GUUUCACAAGACUGAGUGGCUCGGUAACAGGUGUGGAGUUUGGAGCCAGGUUCGGAGAUCUCUGUCACCGUACGAUAAUUCUCAGGAAGAAAUGGGAGCUAGGGUUCAAGUACAACAUUACAAUUUAGGAUCAUCUGAUUCCUACAUCGCUACUUCUCUCCACGAUCUCAACUCCGUCGAUGGUCCGCCGAGAGAUAUCGACGGUAUCGGAGGCGCCGUUGGUCGUGACGGCGAUAGUUUAGAUAAUGACGGCGAUUCCUCUUCUGCGGACUGUAUGCAUGAAUCAUACAGAAACUCUAUGCAAAUCGGAGUAGAAGAAGGUGGAUCUAACAUGGAGAACAAAGGAUCUGCUUACAUUAUGUUAAACAUUGAAGAUGUUUCACCGAUUGAAGCAGCAAGAGGGAGGUUUCUGCAAAUCAUAUUGGACUACUUUAUUAGCCAACAUGUGAUUGAAGUCUGUGAGAGCAAACGUGAUCAUGAUGUGGAUUCAGGAGGACGUGAUAGUAAUAGUAAAGUGAAGAGGAAGUCGGAUGAUACGCGAUAUGAAGGUGAUCCGAGUUUUGCGUUACCGUUGAUGUAUAUUGCAAAUUUGUAUGAGACUUUAGUUGGUGAAGCAAAUGUGAGGCUUGCUUCAUUGAAUGGAAUAAGGGAUAAGACUAUUGGAGUAGCUCUUGAAGCUGCUGGUGGCUUGUAUAGGAAAUUAACUAAGAAGUUUCCUAAGAAAGGUACUUGCAUGUACAGGAGAAGAGAACUGGCAACUUCAGUUGAAACAAGGACAAGAUUUCCAGAAUUGGUAAUACAUGAAGAGAAACGAGUUCGCUUUGUGGUGGUUAAUGGUUUGGAUAUUGUUGAAAAGCCAAGUGAUUUGCCUAUUGAAGAAGCUGAAUGGUUUAAGCGAUUAACAGGCCGUAAUGAAGUGGCUAUCUCUGCUAGAGAUUAUAAAUUCUACUGCCCUCGACGCAAGCAUAGGCGUCUUCAGAAUUCUGUCUCCAGCAUCAAUGGCUUGCCUACAUUUCCAGGUAUAGACUCUUCAACGUUAGCUAAUACACAAGGAUUUCGCGAAGUAAGUGCAUACUCUUUCGGAAUCUACAAUCAAUGGCAAAUUCUAAUGGAAAUGAUCUUGAGUUCAUCGAAUUUAUCAACCAUCUUUGUCAUAAUUGCAGGAUCAAAGCCAACAACAACACACUCCUUCUCCUUCCAAACAUCAUAUGUCAUCUUUGUCUCAUCAAUUUCAUCAAUCUAUUCACCAGAGCCACCAACACCAUCAAUCUAUAUACCAAAGUCAACACGCAGCCACACACUAUCCCAGUCAGAACCAUCAAUGUGACCCUGAACUAUCUCACACACAAAUGGCUUGCUUGCAACCCCUCACUGGAGGCCAUGUAAUGCCAAAUAGUCCGGCGAAAUUUUGUGACCAAUGUGGAGCACAGUACUUGAGAGAGACAUCCAAAUUCUGCUCAGAGUGUGGUUCCAAGAGACUCGGGAUAUAGUGAAGAGAGACAAAUCUUUGCUCGAGUCUCGGGUUGAAAUAUCGUUUUGAGGCACAUAUUUUACGAGAAGUUUAGUGUUUCAGGUUGGUGAAGUCUGAGCUAGUAUAUAUUUACUUGGCCCGGAAGUAGUUAACCUAAUUUUAAUUAAAGCUUGAAUGGUUUUGGCUAUGUAAAAAUGUAUAAUUGGAUAGAUUUUGAUGAAUAUAAUUAAACCAAACACAUAGACUUGAAUUAUUAUUAAAAAUCCAUUAAAUUUCUUAAAUAAUGAGAUAGUAUAUAGUA